AUGGAAGUCAAGAGUGAGUGGCUUUCAGAGGGGUUUGAUCAGAUAAAAUUGAAGAGUAGACCUAGAGAGCCAUCCCAGAGCUUCUCAAGAGUAAGUGGCAACUUCUACAGCACUGUGAAACAUCAGGAUUAUAGUGCAAGCGUCUGGCUGCGAAGGAAGGAAAAAUGGGAGCAUUCACAACAGAGAUGCAUUGUCAUUUUUGCACUGGUUUGCUGCUUUGCCAUUCUUGUUGCCCUUAUAUUUUCUGCAGUGGAUAUUGUGGGUGAAGAUGAGGAUGGGAUCUCUGAAGACAACUGCCAAAAAAAAUGCAGGAUAACAUUAGUGGAAAAUAUUCCUGAUGGCCUUGUAUAUUCAGAAAAUGCGACAUUUCAUUUGUCUUUAUUCCAUGGAUGGAUGAAUUUGUUAAAUAUUGCAGAGAAGUGUGUGGAUAUAGUUUCUUCUUCGUGGGAUUUGUGUUCUCAUUUCAAUUCACGGAAACACCCAGCAGAACCUCAGGGGAGACUUCUUUGUAAAAAAUUGCAAGAAAAAAUGGCUCAAAAUGUUGAACUAAAGUUGCUGAGUGAUGUAAAACACAAUAAUUCAGAGGUACUGCAGGUAAUGAAAAAAAAUGGAGCAGAAAUACAAUUUUUAAAUAUGACCCCGUUCAUAGAAGGUCAUGUGCGUUCUUCAUUCUGGAUUGUCGAUAAAAAGCAUGUAUAUAUUGGUAGCGCAAAUUUAGACAAAGAAUCAUUGGGGCAGAUGAAAGAACUUGGUGUUAUCUUAUACAACUGCAGCUGCCUUGUGUUAGACCUUCAAAGAAUAUUUAACUUGUAUAGUUCAUUAAAAUACAAAGACAGUUUACCACAAACGUGGUCUAGAAAACUAUAUGGCCUUUUUGGAGUAGAAACAGCCUUAAAAGUACAGCUGAAUGGAACAGAUGCCAACAUAUUUGUUUCAAACUCUCCAAAAUCUUUCUGUCCAUCACACAGAGUUUUGGAUGUUGAUGCUAUUUACAGUGUAAUUGAUGAAGCCCAGAGAUUUAUAUAUGUGUCUGUCAUGGAUUACCUCCCACUAAUUAACAAGAACAUCAGACGAUACUGGUCAGAUAUUGAUGGAAAGUUAAGGGAAGCACUUGUUUUGCGAAAAAUCAAAGUGCGACUUCUAAUUAGCUGUUGGAAAAAUACGGAUCAACUGACAUACAGUUUUUUGUCAUCACUUAAAUCACUUUGCAAUGAGUUACCUGACUGCAGCUUGGAAGUGAAAUUCUUUGUACCAAAGGAGCAGCUGAAUGGGUCUUUUCCUAAAAUUAAUCGAAACAAGUAUGUGGUCACUGACAGAUCUGCAUAUAUUGGCAACUUUGAUUGGGUUGGAGAUUAUUUUACCUAUGAUGCAGGAGCCGGUUUGGUUAUAAAGGCGACAGAGACAAGUGUCAUCUCAGAAAAAAAUGAGACAAGCAUUUUGGAUCAACUUAAAGCUGUUUUUGAAAGAGACUGGUAUUCACGGCAUGCCAGAAGUCUACAGGGAAAUAAAAUCCCGGACUGCAUGAAACAAAAACUAAAUAGGCCACCUACAAAUAAAACGGCUGGAAAUUACAUGGCUCUAAAAGACAACUUUAUUGUGUAA